CUUCAGCACACACCACACACACAGAGCGACUUGUAGCGUCUUGAUUUCUUUAGAGCUGCAACCUUAACGUUACGCGAACAACACACGAGGGGAUAUAUGUUGUUCUGCCUGAGUUCAGCAUAAGAUGGCGCUGCUGAGCUAUAACACUAAGCCUGUUGGAAAUGAAAGCUUGGACAAGAAGUGGGUGUCAGUUGGCUCGGGGGGAUUUGGCCACGUCUACAAGGCCAGGCACAAGGAUUGGGAGUUUGAUGUUGCCAUUAAGAUACUCCGUGAUGGUAUUUGCCCCUUCCUUCCUAAAGAACGAGCCCUGACCGAAGAGGCUAAUCAUAUGAAAGACGCUUCCUGUGAGUUUGUGCUGAGGGUUUAUGGAAUGUAUCAGGGAUGUCCCCCGGUUGGAGGAUCCUCCCAGCAGAGUGGAAUAGUGAUGGAGUUCAUGGAAAGAGGAUCCGUCAUGUCCCUGUUGGAGGACCUGUGCAGCCCUCCUCCGUGGCCCCUGGUCUUCCGCUUGGCUCAUCAGGUGGCUUUAGGGAUGAACUUCCUCCAUUCGAGGAACCUCAUGCACCACGACCUAAAGCCGAGUAAUGUCAUGCUGAAUGAUGAUCUUCAUGCCAAGCUUGCAGACUUUGGUUUGUGCAGGGUUUCAGCAAGCGCUGCAAACCAAAAGAGAGAAGCCACAGGAAGGCCAGGAGGCUCGUUUAAAUACAUGCCUCCUGAAGCUUUUGAUACAUCCUAUCAACCUGUCCGAGCUUUCGACAGUUACAGCUAUGGUAUCCUGCUCUGGUCCAUUCUCACUGGAAAGGAGCCCUAUCCAGCGGCUGAUUACGAACUUGUGGCGCUGAAGAUCCCUUUAGGUGAUAGACCUCCCUUGGAGGAAAUUGACCAGCAGAAGGCAGAGGGGCUUAAAGAGCUGGUUGUCCUCAUGAGAAGGUGCUGGGACGAAGAUCCUUCCAAGAGGCCUACUUUUAAAGAGUGCGUCAAAGACACUGAGAACGAGUUCUUAAAGCACAAACAGGGAAUUCAUGAAGUAGUCCUUCGAGUCUUAAAAACACUGGACCCAUCGACCAGAAAUCCACAUCAAAACAUAAAAGAAACACUCAGUUUUCCUCUGUCUACACCAGAACCGUCAAAGUUGAAUGACUCUAUGGAUGGCAGAGAAUCUAAAAGUUCACCGAUACAGGAUUCUGUCAGUGUUUCAACCAAAAUAAUGAAUGUUGCAGAAAAAGCAAAGUUCAUUGAUGACAACAGGGCAAAGUUGAUUCAAGUCGUUUCCGAGGUAAUGGCGAUAACAGAAGAGCUCGGAGAAAUGGUCCACCGUGAAACCUACUCUGUGAUUGAAGCCAAACCAACAAGUGCUGAGAAAAUGAGAGCGCUCUAUCAGAAGACUCUUCGGUCAGGAGGACAAAAGGUCAAAGCAGCCUUCUUUGACGCCCUGAAAAAACAUCAUCCCUCCCUAGUGGAGCAUCUUGGUGGCUGAUUCUGAAGCAACUGUGGCCUUCGGACAUGGACGUGUUCAAAUCUUUACCUGCCUCACGUCAUCUUUGAUGAGUGUAUAUAUAUAUUUGACAAUUUUAUUUAAAAAGCCAAGUCAAAAAUAUUUUUAAUUAAAGAAAUAUUUUAAGAAAUAAAGACAGUUCUGUCUCCUGA